AUUUUUCCCAAAUUGAAAUUCCCCACUUUCUUCUCUAUUUCCUUACCCAUAAUGUCUUACUUGAAUUAUGAGUAAUGACCAUGACCAUACCUAAAUUAAUCCAUUCUAAAAAGUCAAUAUUCCAGACUCAUCUAGAACAGUCAAUUUCCAACUCCCUAAAUAAAACAUAAAAUAAGAUUUUUAUAAUACCAAAUAAGUAAAUCCUCCAUUAUUCCUCUCUCGACUCAUUUGAAUAUUGAAUUUUCACCAUCUUCUUCGAAGAUCUCUUUGCUAUUACGUCAUCUCUUGCCAAAGCAAAUCCUUUGAAUAUCAUGGUCUCCGUAUUCUUCUUCCGCACGCCAUUUCCCGCCAUAUAUAUCUUUUUUCACUCACAAAAUUAAAAAAUCCCAAUAAACUCCCUCUCAAAUCGAAAUUACACCAAACUAUGAGCCGCCAUUGUUGCACAUCCACAACAACAAACCAGUACGGUAUACUACUAUUAUUUCUCUGCAUAAUCUCAACUUCUUUAUUGCAAAUUGUGGAUGCGCAACGACAAUCGAGUGAUGAUGAUGAUUAUGAGUUAAAUGGAAAUAAAGUAAGUCCAUCAAUGGCUUUAAUUGUUAUUGUUUUAGUUCUAGGUUUUUUCAUUACUGGAUGCAUUGCUAUUUACAUCCAACAAUGUUCCGAUAAUUCUUCAAUCGGUGAUCCGGCUGCUAUUGCUAGAAAUGAAAAUUUGUUAAGAGCUCAAAUCCGUGGACUCGAUCAAUCCGUAAUCGAAACAUUUCCGACAUUUUUAUACGCCGAUGUGAAGGAUUUGAAAUUUGGUAAAGAGUCACUGGAGUGCGCUAUUUGCCUUAAUGAGUUUCAGGAAGAUGAAACACUGCGUUUGCUUCCGAAAUGUGAUCAUGUUUUUCAUCCUGAUUGUAUUGAUGCUUGGCUUUCUGGUCACACUACUUGCCCCGUCUGCCGAGCUAACCUUAUUCCUGAUCCGACUGAAUCUUUGACUAAAGAAGGUUCUCACCAUGAAUCAGCUACGAUUAAUGAGGUAGAAGUUGCGGUCAUACCGGAAUCUCUACCUAAAACAGGGAGAAUACCGAGGUCACACUCAACGGGUCAUUCACUGAGUCAACCCGGUGAGAAUCGUGACCGAUUCACAUUGAGGUUACCGGAUGAAGUUCGAAAACAGCUUAUAGUGGCUCAACCGAAGCUGAAACGGACAAUUAGCUUAGUGGCCUUACCUCGAGUUUCAAGCUCAAAACGCGGCUAUCGAAUUGGUGGUGGUGAAGGCAGUGGGAGUAGUCGCUAUGGAAGGUUUUUUGGACGGCCGUUUAAAUGGGCGACGUCAAAAAAUAAUGGAGCCGACCGUGAAGGCGAUGUAAGUACAAGUUCGAAGAGGUUUUUCGGCAAGGCGGCGGUAACGCCGGUAGAGGAUUUGACCGAGCUUCCAGUUUAAUACCCUGGUUAACCUUCCUCCAUAUUUAGUUUGAUAAAAAUGUAUAUUUGAUUCUUUAAUAUGGUUAAUAUGCUUUAUUUUGUGCUAAUUAGAAGCAUUUAUACUCUACUUUGUGACUACCUAGUAUUCUAGUUAACUAGCUCGUCUCCCUUCACAUAUGGUGAGACUAUAAUUUUACUUUCCUUGGAUUCUCAGCAUUGCUAAUUUUGUAAAUUGUAAUGCUAGUUUAGAAUUAUCAUUGCCCCUUUUGUUUCAAAUGUAAACAACAAAAUAUAUCAAAGUUCAAAUAUUAUUCAAAUAUUUGUUU